AAGCUGAUGCCACCAGCUGACCAGCCACUUGGGACCUGAUUCUGAUGGCAUGACACCACUGCGAAUAGCCUAUUACUCACUCCGAUACACGCGGCUGCUGGAAGUCUGGAGCUCUCGAUAUGGAGCGAUUAUCUCAUGUCCUGGUGGCUCUUCUCCUCGCCCUAUUCGCCGCAGAGGCAGCCGUCGUGCCUGGCGCCGACUUGGACGGCCUGCUGUCCCACUACGACCGCGUCUUCAGCUUCGGCGACUCGCUCACCGACACCGGGAACGCGGCCAUCCUCCCGGCCACCGCCGGUGGGCCUUUCUCCCGGGCGCCGUACGGGGAGACCUACUUUCACCACCCCAGCGGCCGGGCCUCUGACGGCCGGCUCAUCAUUGAUUUCAUCGUGGAAUCGCUGGGGUUACCGCAGCCAACCCCCUACCUCGCCGGCGAAACCGCGGAGGACUUCCGACAUGGCGCGAACUUCGCGGUGGGCGGUGCGACGGCGCUUGACCCGGCCUUCUUGAAGAGCAAGGGAGUAAUGACGUUUGUGCCGGUCUCUCUUAGCAACGAGAUGAGCUGGUUCAACAAUGUCUUCGACCUUCUUGCGUCCUCAGCCUACGGACAGAGCAAUAUCAUGGCGAGCUCGGUCUUCUACUUCGGAGAGAUCGGGGUGAAUGACUACAUCUUCGCACUAUUCAGCAACCGCACCGCCGAACUGGCAGUGAGCUUGGUGCCGGACAUCGUCGCCGUCACCCGUUCAGCACUCACCGCCGUGAUUGCUGCUGGAGCAAGUUCAAUGGUGGUGACAGGGAUGCUCCCGCUGGGUUGCGAGCCGGAGCUGCUCGCCCUGUUCCCCGGCGAUGCAGACGACUACGACCGGGAGUCCGGCUGCAUCACGCUGUUCAACGAGCUCGCCGAGCUUCAUAACCGCGCCCUCAACAGGAUGCUCCGCAAGGUCCGGCGCGCCCACCCCGGCACGACCAUCCUCUACGCAGACAUCUACCGCCCCAUCGCCAACCUGGUCGCCUCGCCCGGCAAAUACGGUUUCGGCAACACUCCGUUGGCCGCGUUCUGUGGCGGUGGCGCCGGCCCAUACCACUUCGAUAUGGCGGCGUUCUGCGGCACACCGGACUCAACGGAGAGCUCCGACCCGUCGGAGUUCCUCUCGUGGGACGGCAUCCACUUCACCGAGGCUGCCAAUAGGUUCAUCGCCCAUGCUAUGCUAAGAGGACUGUAUAAUGCCUCCAGGCUAACGACAGCGCUUCUCUGACCUGAAAAUGUCUGCGUUCUACCCACCAAGUCCCAAUAUCUCUCGGACAUAAGCGUCUGUGAUUGAUUAUUCUUGUGCGAUUACCAUAGCUCUUUGAGAUUGAUUGACCUGAACAUGUCUGCGUUCCACUAAGUAUGUUGUGCCAAGCU